UUCUAAGCUGUCGAUGAUGGUGAAACUACAUCCAAAACAAACACAUUAAACACUUCCCUUCUUAAUAAUAAUCAUCUCCUCGGAUUUUUCGCCACAUUCAUUUAUCUCAUUUUCAACCUAAUUUUGUGUAUCAUAUGUUCACUCUGAUAGUGAGAUUUGGUAAUAAAAAAUUAACGGUGUAGAUCUAAUGUGACAUUAUGAUUAAACUGAAAGAAUAUACUAUUUGAAAAAGGAUGAAAAUUUUAAACUCGUUAUAAUCUGGUGGGUAGUAAUUUGAAAAUUAAAAAAAAAAAAAAACCAGUUAGUGACUAGUGAGGAAAUGGUCUUAUGGGCGGGGUUAGAGGGCACAGGCACGGAGCACAUGCAAGGUUAAAAACUUUAGCGAAGGAGCUUAGGUGGCGAGACCACUGGCAAAGUCUCUGAAGCCUGGAUCCCGCUGAAUAUGUUGGCUUUUUGUGCGUUUCGUCACAUUUAAUGGUUUAUUGGGCUACAUAUAAGAGGACAUGUGGGCCACAAUUACGUUGGAUCUUUCCACAUCGCCUCGCCUUAUGUCGUUUUAUUAUUAAUACAUAAAUUAUUAUUUAAAGUGGUAGCUCUCUCGCUAGCCUUGUUAAUGGUUAAAUUUCAAAUUUGCUUUGACACAAUUGAAUUUUGAAGUUAGUCAUCUAAUAAAUCUUUGUAUUUUCCCCUGUCAUCCUCACUACUCAAGCAAUUUGGUACUUGAUAUUUUUCAUGCCAAUAUAUAACUGUUCACAAGUUUAAAGUUAUUUUUUAUUCAUAAAGCAAAAAGAUAUUUGUUAUUGGAUACAAUUGGAUACAUGAAAAAAGUCUUGGAUGGAGGGAGGGGAUUUGAAUCUUAGAUCACAAAAGAUGAAGUUGAAACUUGAAAGGCCUUGAGCGGUUGAUAAAGUUGAUCACUGGUACUUGCUAUUUCGGCCUCCUCCGACUUGAGACUUGUAAUUCAUUUCUUUUGUCAAUUUAUGAUUACUGUUUUUCAAGCCCUCCUUCUAACUUGGACCUUAUAAUGCUAUCCAGUCAGUUUAUGUCGGAUAACAGGUUAGGUGUUAAAAAAGAUAAGGCUCCGGAGUUUGGAAAUUUUCUUCUGCUGAACUGCAUUGUGUCUGGACCUCUGGGUUGGCCCAAAAUAAUAAAAAUCUUGCUCCUUUAACAGAUAUCUAAAAGUCCGCUGGACUGAAACUUAACCCUGCGUUUCAAUGUUCAUUUUAUAGAAGGCCAGUCCAGCAGACUUUUAGAUAUCUCAACUCUCAAAUCUUAUCAAUAACCUCAAAUCAAUGAUAGGCCACUCUAUUUCUUUUUCACUAACAAAAGGACACGGGAAAUUAAUCAAAGUUAAUAUUAUAUAGAAGAAAUAUCUAACAUCCAAAGUGCUAAAAAAUCAGGCCAAUAAUAAUGCAGAAAAGAAAACAGUGGAAUAUGUGGAUAACAUGAACCAAACGAACCAAAACUAGUGGUUUCUAUUUUUGGAUUGCAAAUCCUAAAUCCAUAGCGCUUGCUUUUCUUUCUGUUCCCCAGGAGCCCCAAGGAGGAACUCCAGAAGAGAUCAUUACCUCACCUCUUAAUGGCUACAACCACAAGUUUCUUAACUAAGCCACCUUCUUCUGAUCUUUAUUUCAUCCCAAAAAUCAGUUCUCUUUGCUCCCAUGGUUCCUUUCUACCAUCCUUUGCCGCUAGGCCUAUUCCUUUUUCAGCAAAACUAGAAACAAGUAGCAAAACCCUCCGUUUCAUUACCAAGGCUACAGCUGCUCCUGGGACAAAGAAAGCUCCAAGUGAUGAGAGAGUACAUCAGGUUCACAGUAUAGACGAAUUCGAUGAAGCUCUUAGAAUGGCUAAAAACAAGCUUGUUGUGGUAGAAUAUGCUGCUAGCCACAGUUACCAUAGCAGUAAAAUUUAUCCUUUUAUGGUAGAUCUUAGCAGGACUUGCAACGAUGUUGAAUUCAUUCUUGUUAUGGGUGAUGAAUCGGAGAAGACUAGGGAACUUUGCAAAAGAGAGAAAAUAGAGAAAGUCCCUCACUUUAGCUUCUAUAAAAGCAUGGAGAAAAUCCAUGAAGAAGAAGGGAUUGGCCCAGAUCAGCUCAUGGGCGAUGUGUUAUACUACGGUGACAGUCAUUCAGGUGUGGUUCAGCUGCACUGCAGGGAGGACGUGGAGAAGCUCAUUGAAGACCACAAGCUUGACCAUAAGCUGAUUGUUCUAGAUGUGGGGCUCAAACAUUGUGGGCCAUGCGUCAAGGUGUAUCCAACGGUGAUUAAGCUGUCCAAGCAGAUGGAUUCUGUGGUUUUUGCAAGGAUGAACGGUGACGAAAACGACAGCUGCAUGCAAUUCCUAAAGGACAUGGACGUGAUCGAGGUGCCAACGUUUUUGUUCAUCAGAGAUGGAGAGAUAUGUGGAAGGUAUGUGGGUUCUGGGAAAGGAGAGCUUAUUGGGGAGAUUCUAAGAUACCUAGGUGUGCGAGUAACUUAAGAAGGGAAAGUCAAAUGAUACAAAAUCAAUUAUUACAAAUCACUCCAUACUACCAUAUCGUUCAUGUUGAAAGAUGAAUUUUAGUAGUGAAACUCGCGUAGCCCCCAUUAAUUCAUAACUAAUGGGGACCAAAUUUUCUUUACUUUAAUCUUAACAAGGAUGAACUAUUUUGUUGAUAUGCUUUCUACUUUGUCAACUUGUGUUAUUAAUAUAUAAUUACUGUUGUGUUGUUGUUUUUGCAAAACUAUAAUUGGUUCAUUCACUCAUAAUGUGCCUAAAAAAAAGAAAAUUCAUAUGC